AUUGUCGGACAGCUCCCAUCACUAACACUGCUCUUGUCCAAAGAAAUUUUUAAAGAUUUCGACAGAUAGGAAAAAGGGCCACAGACGUAUUCAACAGCUCGCAGCAGGCAAGGCACACUGCGACCACAAACUAUACGGCCAGUGUGUACAAAUAGCUAACACGCGCGCGCUCUACACAGUCAGUUGUUGUUUAUAUUUUCACAAAUCCGAUACUGCCAGCCGUGCCCCCACCUCGACCGAACGUCGCAAUGGACAAACUCAUCAAGAUGACGAACCACCGUUCCGAGAUAAUCGUGGGCGAGAAAUACAGAAUAAUACGCAAAAUUGGCAGCGGCUCCUUCGGCGACAUCUACCUGGGCAUGAGCAUGCAGUGCGGCGAGGAGGUGGCCAUCAAAAUGGAGGCAACCAAUGCACGCCAUCCCCAGCUGCUCUACGAGUACAAGCUUUAUCGCGUGCUGAGUGGAGGUGUGGGCAUACCCCGUAUACGCUACUAUGGCAAUGAGAAGAACUUCAAUAUACUGGUCAUGGAUCUGUUGGGUCCCUCGCUGGAGGAUCUGUUCAACUUUUGCACGCGCCACUUUACCAUCAAGACCGUGCUGAUGCUGGUCGAUCAGAUGAUCGGCCGCCUGGAAUAUGUCCACAUGAAGUGCUUUAUUCAUCGUGAUAUUAAGCCUGACAACUUUCUCAUGGGCAUCGGUCGGCACUGCAAUAAGCUGUUCCUGAUUGACUUCGGGCUGGCCAAGAAGUAUCGCGAUCCGCACAGACGCAUGCAUAUACCCUACCGCGAGGAGAAGAACCUGACGGGCACCGCACGCUAUGCCUCGAUCAAUGCCCAUGUCGGCAUCGAGCAGUCCCGUCGCGACGACAUGGAGUCCCUGGGCUAUGUGAUGAUGUAUUUCAAUCGCGGCGUCCUGCCCUGGCAGGGCAUGAAGGCGACCAACAAGAAACAGAAAUAUGAGAAAAUCUCCGAGAAGAAAAUGUCCACGCCCAUCGAGGUGCUCUGCAAAGGCUAUCCGGCCGAGUUCUCCAUGUACUUGAACUACUGCCGCAGUUUGCGCUUCGAGGAGGCGCCCGACUACAUGUACUUGCGCCAGCUGUUCCGCAUUCUGUUCCGCACGCUGAACCAUCAGUACGAUUAUAUCUAUGACUGGACAAUGCUGAAGCAGAAGACACACCAGAAUCAGCAGCAGGGCGCCGGCAAUAUGCUGGCGCCGGAGCAGCGCGCCGAGCGCGACAAGGAGAAGCAGAGCGGCAGCAAGCCAAACACAUUGGCCGACUAGGCCACGCAGCCGCUGGGCCAAAUGACGGCGGCCCAGGGCCAGGGCCAGGGCACAAGCAAACGAAUCGAAUAGAAGAGCGGCAAGGAAAGGAAAGGAAAAGAUAGGAAAGGAAAGCAAACGAUAUAUGGCACUGGCGGCUUUGCAGGACGAGCUAACCAGGAUUAGAUACGCAUCUAUAUAUAUACAUGUAUAUAUAUAAAUGCAUACAUAUACAUAUAUAUAUAUAUAUGUAGUUUAUUUUUAUAACAAGUGCAAGCGCGAGAGCGACAGAGAGGGCAGUAGAAAGCACGUGCGAGCGAGCGAGCAGCUAUAAUUAUGUAUAUAGAAUUUAAUGUUACACACACACACACACACACACACACAGAUUAUAAUAUCCUGCGAGCACAGACACAA